AUGAGUUCCGGAGUAUUGGAUCUCGGCCUCAGAGUCCCCAAACUGAAGAGAGUUUACAGUAAAGGUGGAUGCCGAGAAUGUAAGCGUAGAAAGAUUAAAUGUGACGAAGGGAAACCUCAGUGCUGGCAAUGUGUUCGCUUACGAAAGUUCUGUACUUAUCCUGUUACUGGUGAAAGAAUACUAAGAAUCUCUAAGAAGAAACAACAAGCCAUUGGUUCUCAAACCACUUCCCCCACUACGUCUCCAGUAUCCACUAAUGUCAGUUCAAUCAGUCUGUCGGUAAAUGAUUUGGAUUCAAAGUCAUCUUCGGCAGAGUCCCCUAACGAAUCAUUUGUUCCAUCAACCACUAAGGAGUCCACUCCUGAUGAAACUACUACAGCAACAGCCAUUAGUAUCGCUAAUGCUGCCUCGGUAGCCAGCUCUAACUUCAGCAAUAAUUCCAACUUCAGUAAUAACUCCAGCAACAGCAAUAACAGUUCCAACAAUAAUAACAACAGCAAACAUUUCCAUCCAAACAUACUCCCUCAGGCUUAUCCCUUGGGAAUCCCACCCCGUCCUCAGCCUGUAGCACUCCAACAUUUACCUCCUCAUCACCAUCACCAUCCACAUCAUGUAGUCCAUGGAGCUCCACCUCCGCCACCUCCUCCUCAUCAUUACCAAUUCCAACAGGGACAACCGCAAGCACAAUUGUCACCUCCACUCCCUCCGCCUCCACCGCAAUAUCCACAAACUUAUGGUCAUCAACCACUCCCUUCCAUCUCCUCCAUGUCCAGAUACUCCACAUCGCUUCCCAGCUUAUUGAACCAACCCAAUUAUCAACCUAACGUAGCAUUUCCUCCCAAUUUUGCAUCCCCACCACCUCCAUCUCCAGCUCCACUUCCUCCCUUACAACAUAGAGCCUCUUUGGCACCCAUUCAACUGCAAAUAACUGUACCUACUAUAGCUGAAGGAAGUAAACCCAAAUCUACUGCUACAACCACAACCACAACUGCAACUACAACUGCUCCUACAACUGAUACUGAGAAACCUCUACCAACUGUUGCUUCAACUCAACCAAAAGAUACACCUAUGGAAUCUCAAUCACAGAAUAAUUCAUCACCUAGUGAGAUCUUAUCAUACUUUGAUCAGGGAGACUUGAAUGUCUUGGCUACCGACUUAAACAAUCUUGUAUCCAAUAUUAUGUUGGAAUUCAACUUUGAAAAGAAGACUCAGACUACACAAAUCAGUACCGAUACAGAAAUGUCUUCGUCCAAUAUUUCUAAUUCAGCCGGUACUUCACCAUUAUUCACACCUAAAAGUGUCGGUAAAUCUAUACCGAGAAGUAUUCCAUUUGAUUUCAUUAAACUUAGAAAGUCUCAUGAGAAGAUCUAUUUGGAAGAAUUCUAUAAUGAUUUCGCCAAUAUCAUUCUUCCCUUUUCUUCCUUUGAUACUGUUUCAAAGACAUACUUCAAUCCUGCCAGAGAUAUUAUAUUGAAUAGUGCAUCUAAUGAAUCAUUUCUCUUGGCUGCUAUUCUUGCUCAGGGGGCUAAACUUUCAUUCCAAAAGAAUAAACUUAGUGAAGAUGAAGAAGCUUAUUGUACUUACUUAUCUAGAUGUCUUAAGUUAUUGGGUCCAGCAUUAGUUAUUAAUGAUGAAAAGAAUAAUGCUGAAUUAACUUCCAAUAUUGAAGCCGUAUUAUUAACAGUAUUAUUAUUAACUGCUGCUAAUGCUUCUAAUACUAAACAAGAUUGGAGACCUCAUUUAAAGGGUGCUAAAGAUAUAUUGAUGAAGACAUCUACCAAUAAAAUCCGUAGUUCAAAGAUUCUUAUCUUUUGUAAAUCCUGGUUUGUAACUUUAGAAAUUCUCGCAGGAAUUAGUUCUAAAUUAGGUGGUACAUUAACUUAUACUGAAGAAAUUGAUUCAUUACUUUCUUCUGGUGAUGAAUAUGAAAUCUCUGUAUUAAGAGAAUUAGGUAUUAUCUUAGAUAAUGGAUUUAAUAUCUUUGGAGGUUAUCAUAAUGAUUGUAUAGAUCAUUUCCGAGAAUUAAUUAAAAUUAAAAAUAAGAUUCGUAAAGGAGAAUUUAAACCUUCUGAAUCUUUAGGUUAUAUGAAAUUAUUUACAGAAUUUUAUAAUCAAUCAGAAAUUGAAUUCUUUGAUAAGAAAUGUAUACUUACAGAAACAGAAUUUAAAGCUCAUGGAAUUGCAGUGGCUCCAUUAGUUGAUACUUUAACUAUUAAUGAUGAAAAAGUCAUUAUUAGUUGGAUGGAUACUUGUCAUCGUGCCUAUGUUUAUGCAUCUAUGAUUACCAUCUUAAUUGAAUGUUUUAAAGAGAGUUAUAAUUCUCCUCAAGUCCAAAUCCUCACCAAUAAAAUCAUCUCAUUUGUAACAUUUCUUGAGAAUUCUUCGGCAGAAGUUCCUCAACAAAAGUUUAAAUGUUCUAUGAUGAUGAUUCAAUGGCCAAUGUUAGUGGCAGGUAUGAAUUGUGUUAAAGAAGAAUAUCAAUUCAUCCUCAUGAAAUUCUUUAGAAUCAGUGCUCAAAUCGGUUCUGGAGGUGCUAGUUUUGCCUUGAAGAGAAUUAACAAUACUUGGAAACGUAGAGAAAAGGGUAUAUCCGAAUCAGAAUCUGAGGAUGAUAAAGCCUUGGAUUUGGUAUCAUAUUAA